AUGCAUGUCAUUGUUGAUGAUGGUCAACAACAACAACAGGUUGAACAUGUGAAUGUGGUUGUUGUUAGUGGCAUGCAAGUAAUAAUGGAUGGCAUGCAACAUGUAGAUGAGAAAGAGAAACAUGCAGAUGACACACAUGCUCAACAUGAUAAUGCUCACAUGCAUGAAUGUGAGUCAAGUGGUAAUGUUGGAACAUCACAUGCUACUGCUAACUGUAAAGUAGUACAUGUGGGUGUGGAUUAUAGGAAGGUGAAUGGAAAGAAGGAAAUGACAUUUGUCGAUGAAACAUGGAAUGUAAAAAAGAAAAUUAGGAAGAAACAGGACGAAAGUAGUUUUAAAAUAUCAAAACUGAGAAAAUCAUUAAGUACCAAACCAUUCCUCGAUAAUUACUUUGAGUACGACAAUAGCAAUGGAACUAAUCAGUUGAAGAAAUUCAAACUCAUUGAAUGUUCUCAGAGUAAUAUUGUAACAUCUGAAAUAAUUGAAAAUUCGAAUGAACAUGCAACUAAUUCGUCCAUGCAAUUUGAAACUCAUUCGUCGCCUCUUUCAGAAACUAAAUCAAACGGAGAUGCUUCGACACAUGCUAGUGAUAAUGGUCAUUCGAAUGUAGUAGAAAGUCCUCCCAAUAACGAAAACGUGCCCAAUGAUAAUAUUAGUAUUCUUUUGGCGCUUCUUUAUUUACUCACUGGAGAUUCGAAUGAACAAACACAAACUAAUCUGUAG